UUCAUUCAACAGUUUGCCAUGACGACGGUGCCGUUGCAAACACAAAAAAAAGUGGAACACACCGCUGCUGACGAACGAAGGUCAAAAAGAGAACAACCAAAAAAACGCCUGCAGCCGCGAGAUGUUGUUACGAAACUGUCAAGAUCUUCAAAUUGCGUUGAAUUUUUGAGCUGGAUCUUUUGGGCAUUUCAGAAAUUUACGCGUUUAAAUUAGUGGCGGUUGGAGUGAAUUAUAUUUUGUUAAACUAUUCGAUGAUGCAGUAAAGUGAAGAAUGUCCGUUAACAUUACGGUGCACGCCGCUGCGCCGGAGGCGCAUCCGGAUCCGUUCGCCAGCUUGGAAAGCGUCCGCAAGGCGGACAGUGACAAACGGCGACGGGCUCGGUUGGAGCAGGUUCGCCAGCAAUCCAAGGAGUUGGCCGCGAAAGUUCGCCGAAACUUUAAAACGGCAAAACAGAAAGAACUGGCCAAUGUGGAAAAGAUCAAGCAGGAGGAGUUGAAGCGCUGGAAGCAGAAGAACAUUUCCCAGUUGCAGUCCGAGUAUCAGUUCUGUCUGGAAGAUGUGGGUGAGGCGCACAAGGCGGCGGAAGCCGCCGAGCAGUGUGAAAUUUGGUUCCAAGAGAAGAAGGCAGCCCAGCAAGCUGCGGCCUUGGUUCGGGGCAAGCAAGCCGAGACCAAACUGGCCGAACAGAUCCAGCAGAGGGAGAGCCAACGGCCACGCAAGCGAAAAGAGUACAAACCUAGCAAGUCCGUUGGAAUUCAGGUCAACUCUCCGCCACAGAAACCGUUGGUCGAUCAGCCGGCUGCCCCGAUCCGACGCGCCCAGGAUGAUAGUUCCUCCUCCGUGAACACCCCCAGUGCGUUCGAGCAGUUCCGCAAAGGUCCCAAGACGAAGUCGGUCCCAGAUUUGCGAAGUCUCUCGCCCGAGUUCGUUUCCUCCUCCGACGAAGAACUGCUCCUGCCCAGCUCAGGUAAAAACAAGGAAAACAUUCCGUCGCACAACUCCGCCCGCACCGGUCCAGACACACUGUAUUACAACGCCAACUCGUUUACCUCACCGGACACUCUGCACUACAACCACAGUCAACCACCCCAAAAAAUCGCCACUCGUCCGGCGGCGUCGAUUCCCCCGCUGAAACCGUUCACCCAAGUGUCGGACUUUAUCAAGCGACGCCGGAACACGCACAAACCAACACCGUACCAAACCACAACCUACUCCUCCCAAAAGGCGGUCCAAUUCGACGCUGACCUGAGCGAAAACACUCUCUCCUUUCCGACGAGCACAGCGCUGGACCAGGACCACUCGAUUCUGGAGUCGCCGCGGAAACCCGCCCGGAAGCUACUGGAACGGCCGAGGGCACCACCGACGACGGUGAGUUCGUCGAAGCAAUCUGCUACCGGAGAGGGGGCUUCCACCAAGGUGCAGUACUACGACCACCUAACCAAGUAUCGGAAGGAGUACGAGCAGCCGGUGGGAAUGGUCCAUCGGAACGCGAAGGGUGUGAAAGAGGGUGAGAUGAAUGCGAUGCAGGAAGCGGAGCGGCACGAGCGAUUGCAGGAGGAGAUGCUGAAGGCGAGGAGACAACCCCAAAACCAGGAAGACCGCUCCAAGCUCGCGCUGGAGAAGCUGCAAACGCGCAAAGAUUACGAAAACCUUAAGGCCGAGCUGGACAAACUGGUCAAGGCAGAGAGCGUCGUCAAAAGCCAGAAUCCGCCCACCAAACCAAUCGUCCCUUCGGAACACCGCCAGCGGCAGCGCUCGGCAACGCGCCAAAAGCGCGCCAACGACGCCGUCGAGGAUUUGAUCCAGCAGCGCGUGCUGAUUACGUGCCCGAGGGUACGGGAAGCACCACCGGAAGAUGACCCACGUCAGCGGCCUUCGCAGAUCAAUGUGGCGGCAGCGACGGCGUCCCGAGGGAAGAUGCCCCUGUGUGAUGUUGGACAGUCGAUGAUGGACAGUUCGGACAGUUGCAGUACGAUUCUGUUGGGGUUGGAUCCUAGUGGAGGUGGUGGUCGUGCGGGGAUUCCGUUGCCCAGGGAGGGUGAUAAGAUUGUCAAGUUGAAGGAACUGCUGGAGCAGAUUAACGAGCAGAGGAAGCUGCUGACGGAGGAGUUGGAAAAGGAGGAGGAACCUGAGGAGCCAAAGGCUCCGGUGAAGAUGAAGUCUACCAAGGUUCAGACGGAGAAUGGAGUUCAAAAGUUGGAGAGAAGGCAGGAAGAGCUGGAGGAGCAGCAGCGAAAGUUGCACGAGAAAGAGCGUGCGGUUCGCGAGUUGGAGAAGCAGUUGAAGGAGAAGAUGAACCGGUUUGAGAGGGAGAAAGUGCGGCCGGUAGCACCGAAGGUGCCGAUUACCAUUGAGGCGCCUGGAAAUGCCAGGGUUGAGCAGGAGACUUCCUCUAAUGACAGUGUGAAAUCCGGGUCGGACAUUCCGGUUAAGAUUGUAAUAACUUUGAACGAUAAAAGUCAGAAGAAGAUUAAAAAGACUCCCAAGAAAGUCGCUUCGGAAGUUCGAAAGCGGAAGAAGGCAACGGAGGUAGUUGAUGCCGUUGUUCAACCGGAAACUCCCAAACCAAAACCGGUGAAGGAAGUUGCUCCUGAACCACCAAUUAUAGAACACGAGCAGUCUCCGAUAAGUUCUACUACGUCAACGAUUUAUCGUCAACUGCCGCCCAAGAUAGACAAUCGCGUUGGUCAGUUGGUUAAACAGCUCGUCCAAAACCCGACCACGGAACCGAUUCAACCUCAAAAGUCCAAAAAGCCUCUACCGCCGAAACAUCAACUUCAAAAAGCUCCACCAGCCCCAAUCCCGAAUCCUCCGCCUGCAAUCAACGGCCCCAACCAACUCAACCCAAACCUCAUGCAGUACAUCGUCCGUCUGCUCGGCAUGUCCCGCCAGUCGAUCGAACAACUCGGCGUCAGUUCCUCCACGAGCGUGUCCACGCCGCACGAAUCGGUCGUAAACGUGAGCGGCAACCAGUCGGUCGUCCUCGAGGAAGAUCCGUCCAGAAUGAACCGUCUUCGGCACUUUAUCGACGAAAAUUACAACUUUUUGAGUGAAAUUGACGAAACGCUGAAGGAGCAGGACCUGACGGGAUCGGCUAACGAGAACAUUAGUCGCGUCGAGGACAUCUGGAUGCGGACGUUGAACCGCAAGGAGCGGGAGAUUCGUCGCGAAAAGCCGAAAACCCCGGACGCGCCAAAACAGGUCGCUCCACCAAUUGGACAAUCGCCUCCGGUUAAGGAGAGCCCGCUGAAGUCGAUUCUUAAAUCACCCAAGAAGCUACCGUCCAAGGUGGCCAAAAUAAUCACCCCACAAGGCCACGUCGAGGUGAUCAACCUGAGCGAUCGCGACGAACAGGAAGUCCUGCAAAAGUACUCCCAACUAACGGAAAGCUGCAGCAAGCGCAUCUCCGAACUGUCCGAGAUGAUCCAAAAGGUCCGAGAAGAAAAAAAGAAACUCAUCGAAAACAGUUUAUCCUCAACCGAGCACCAGGAAUCGUCCACCAAGUACAUGGACCUCCCCCCACUCCCUCCGAAACUCCCCUCAAAGAGCAGCGUCGAAACCAGUCCCCAGUCGACCCGCUCCAAGGACGACCCCGUCAGCGAGGAAAUCAACCGAAUCCUGUCGGCGUCGGCGACGGCAGCGGCCGCCACGCGCCACAUUGGCCUCAGCAAGGACAGCGGCAUUGCGAUGUCACGGCCGGUGACGUCGUCCGAUUAUCGGGACAGUCCGGAGGUGGUGCGACCGCCGAACGCCGGUGCGCCCCAGUUUGAGUCGUCGGAGGAUUUGAGCUCGCGGGAGGCAGCGGUGCCACCGCAGCAGCAACAGCAACAGCAGCAAUUUGAACCGCUGUUGAAGGACAUUCCGAAGGUCGCUGCACGUGUUCUCUCCGAGGCUAACGAACCUCAGCCGACAACCAGUGAGUCUACGCAGCGUGCCAAACCUCCGGUGGCCAUCCGCCGUUUCAGCCCCCAGCUGGAGGAGGCAAACGCCGCCCACGAGUUGUCCACCAUUCUGGAGGUGGAGACGCCACUCGCCUCCAAGACAAACAUUUCCAUUCCGGCCAGCGAACUCCGGCUGGAUCCGGCCGAGCAGCUGCUCGUGGAAGCUCGCGACAAACUACUGGAACAUGCGCGCGCUCUCGGCUAUGAAGGAUUCCCGAAUUACGAGGAGUACCUGCGGCGGGAAAAUUUGGACGGAACCCGGUUCGAUCCGGAAAGGACCAGCUUGUCGCGGUUGAACGAACUGCUUGAGGUUACGGGGAAGAGUGAUCAGCUGCGCUAUCAGAAGUACCCUUUGUCGGCGCCCGAGAUGAACGUCACCGAAGACACGCUGAAGAGUGGUGAGAAGCAGUCCGGGACGGAUCCUGGGGGAAGCAACUCCAGCUCGAGUGCGUCCCUUCCGGACGUGGUCGCGGAGCUGAAGCUACGCAACAUCAUCGAUAAGUCGUUCAACAAUUCGCUGGACGAUUCAAACCGAUCGACUUCGGAUGACUCUGAAGCUGUGGAAAUUGUCCAAACGGUGCCACAAGUUGAGAAAUCUCCGUCGAAGCGUAAGCAUUCCAAAAAGCAAGACGAAGCCACCGAAUCGCUUGGGCGUGAUCUCAACCAGCUCGGUAUGAAGUGGGCUUCGUCGAUGCUCCGAAAGAACCAAGAAGUGCUCAACGAUCACUCGAGCAGUUCCUCGUUAUCCCUAGCGGAAGAUCUCCUCCGGAAGAAACCCUCCUCAAACGAAGCAGCCUCCGGAAAACCCCUCAACCUGAAAGAGUUCAUCGCGCGCGAACUGAUGAUCCGCACCCACUCCGAUCUCAACUCGCUCUCGGACUCGUCCAGCCCGUGCAGUCUGCUGCUCAAAUCCCUUCUCGACAUUAGCCACAUCAACACCUCGACGCCGGAACUGCUCACGCAAACGACAACCGACAAGAACGUCCAGCGGACGUCGACACCCGUCGCGGCGAGCAAAUCCUCGUCGGGGACUCCACGGGAAAUAAAUAACGGAACUGCCGAAGGCAGUCUAGCUAACCUGACGGCAGGCUUGUUUUCCGGUGAAUCGCGCAUUUCGUCCGUCCAUCAGAGCUCGUCCUCAGGUGGGGAGAAUCGGCUUUCGGUGCCGACGUUGCGGCUCAACGUGGAGAAGUAUCGGAAGGAGUAGUAUUCGCGAUAUGCGUUUUAUUUUUUAGCUCAAGUUUUAUCGUUAUCGGAAGAAUAAUGACGUUGAAAGUGUUUAGCGCCUUGCAUGCGCGUGCCUUACGAAUAAACUGUUCACUAUAUAGAAUUCACAAA